UUCUUUCUAUUCUCUCCUCUCCCACUCUCUGUAUAAAGGGACAACGUGUGAUUCAAACGGAAGCUGCAACACAUAACGGAAAAAUCGUGAGUCUCACUGAGAGGGUAAUAUCUUCCGGCAACUCCAAAACGUUUCGUUUUGAAAGCCUCAUAGGAUGGCUAGUGCACGGAAGGGUCACAAGAGUUUCAAACCGUUGUUAGUUGUAGCUUCUAUAACUUUUCCCAUUUUGAUAAUAUUUUAUGUCACACACCAAAAUUCAAUCUUUGAUAUCUUCCAAGAUGUUAAUUUAAUGAUUGAAGGAUUCCACAAUACUACUACUAAUAUUAGCGAGUCAGUUGUAAAUAAAGAUGCAAAGAAUAAUACAUUUGAAGAUGAGAAGAAUGAUAAGAAGCUCUUUGGUGGACUUUUAGUUUCUUCAUUUGAUGAAGCAUCAUGCAUCAGUAGGUUUCAAUCUUAUUUGUACCGAAGACCUUCUCCUUACAAACCUUCUGAAUAUUUGAUAUCUAGGUUACGAAACUAUGAAAGUCUUCACCAAAGUUGUGGACCGCAUACUAAGUCUUACAACGAAAUCAUAAGAGAGGGUGCAAACUUUAGCAAAGCGGGUGUUGAUUCAAAGUGUAAAUAUCUUGUGUGGACAGCUAUAGAAGGCUUGGGGAACAGGAUGAUAUCCUUGGUUUCAACAUUUCUUUAUGCAAUCCUCACCGAUCGUGUUCUUCUUGUUAGAUUUGAAAAUGACAUGUUGGAUCUCUUUUGCGAGCCAUUUCCGAAUUCGUCAUGGUUGUUGCCUAAGAAUUCCACUUAUUGGAAUGAUUUGAGACAGUUUAAAACAUGUGAAAACGUGUUUGAGAAUAACAAGGAAAACAAUUCACACACAGUUCUUUUUCUUGAUUUGAUGAACAACAAUGUUCGUGUUACUAAUCGUUUUCAUUGUGAUCAAAAUCAGGAUCUUCUACAAAAUAUUCCCGUGGUGAUUUUGCGAUCAAAUGAGUAUUUUGUCCCUUCUCUUUUUCUGACAUCCUCGUUUAGACAAGAGUUCAACAAAAUGUUCCCUGAUAAAGACACUACUUUUCACCUUCUAGGACGCUACCUUUUCCACCCAUCAAAUGUAGUGUGGAAACGAAUUCAGAAUGUAUAUGACUCACACCUAGCCAAGGAAAACGAAAGGAUUGGUUUGCAGAUUAGAAUAUAUAAUACUCGUCAAACACCAGAAGAAACCAUUAUCAAUGAAACUAUAUCUUGCCUCCAGCAAAAUAAGUUGUUGCCACAACUCAACAUACAAAGCUCAAUGAGUCUCAAUUUGGAAAAGAAUACCUCGAAAGCUGUUCUAGUGGUAUCUUUAUACUCAAGAUAUGGUGAAAGGCUAAAGAGUAUAUAUGAAAAUAAUACAAGUUUGAGCAGAGAAGUAGUAAAAGUGUAUCAGCCAAGUCAUGAAGAGCAUCAAAAUUCAGGUGAUAACAUACACAACAUUAAGGCAUGGAGUGAAAUAUACUUGUUGGGUUUGUGUGAUGCAUUGAUUACAAGCCCUACGUCCACUUUUGGGUAUGUUGCUCAUAGUCUUGGAGGAAUGAAGCCAUUGGUUUUGCAAAGUAUCUAUGGAAGAACUAUCCCAAAUCUACCUUGUCAACGACUCAAGUAUAUGGAGCCUUGUUUCCAUGAUCCUCCUAAUUAUGAUUGUACGACCAAUACUAAUGUCGAUUUUACUUCUCUAUUUAAUCUUAGACGGUGUGAAGAUCAAUCAAGAGGGAUGAAGAUAAUUAAUUCUUAAAACUAAUAAAUUAGAUAGUCUUGUUUGUUUUA